AUGUUUUGGCGUUUUAAUUAUCAUUCAUCUGAAAUUGACACUCUGUUGGACAAAGAGGAUGUCACGUUAGUUGAAAUAAUUAGUGAGGAAGAUGUCCUGCAGGAGUGCAAAGCCCAGAAUACAAAGCUCAUAGAUUUCUUAACCAAACCAGAGAAUAUGAAAAAUCUUUUAAGCAUGGUGAUCAAUGAACCAUCAAAAGAAAUAGAAGAAAAAUUGAGAUACAAGCUGCCAAACUCUUCGUGUGAGUUGUUAACAUCUGACAUCACUGCAAUAACGGACUCUUUGAUGUCAACUGAGGCCCUUUUGAAUGAAUUGUUGGGAUUUUUGAACCAGGAGGAGGCUUUAAACCCUUUACAAGCGAGUUUUUUCAGCAAAAUCAUGGGACUUCUCAUCAUGAGGAAGAGUCAAGAGUUUUUAAUGUUCUUGAAAUCUCGUUCGACGUUUAUGGACCGUUUGCUGCACCACCUGAAUACAUCAGCCAUAAUGGAUCUCUUGCUGAGAUUGGUUAUUAGUAUGGACUCGCCCCAGUCUAGGACAGAAUGUCUCGAAUGGUUGAAAGAGCAGAAAUUAGUGGAGAGGUUGAUUGAUCUUAUUCGUCCAGUACACAGUCCUGAAACAAAUUACAACGCCUCAUUUUCACUCUGUGAUCUGAUUCGUCACGGUAGGGACCAGCUGUCCUUCGAGCAGGACACUAGCGUCGGAGAUGUCUUACUCAAAGUUAUCCAAUCGGAGGAAUCUAUAAAAAGUCUUUUGAACAGUAUGUUUGAAGAUCCGACAGUCGAGUCCAGUAUUAUCGGCGGCCUGUCUGUCUUACAUACAUUACUAGAGUUUAAGAAGGCCAAUCCAUUUGAGUCAUCAACGUCAUCACUUCCUGAUGUGGAUAAGUUCAUGGCAAGCAUCGAUGGUACAUUAAAAGCCCUGCUACCUAGGCUAAAAGAUUUUCAUAGGAUACUAACACACCCUCCUAAGCAACAUUACUGUCCAAUGCAAACGACCGCUGGUCUAUUAGACGUACCAUUGGGGAAUGCCCGUCUAAAUGUUGUCCGCCUAAUCACAUACCUCAUGGUGCUCAACUACAAACCACUCAACGAGGAACUAAUUAGAUUAGGGACCAUGGGAGUGCUGCUGGGCAUGUUCUUCGAGUACUCCUGGAACAACUUCCUACACACACAAUUCGAGCACAUAAUCAACAACCUCCUCACAAAUGCCAUCACCUCCAUUGGCAGUGGUAGCAUCUCUUUGGGCGCGAGCACAUCAACAUCACCAGCUAUAACUCUCAUGAUCGAAUUCAAACUUCUCAAUAGGAUAGUUGAGGCAUUUGAACUGAAUGAUGAUAGGUUCCUUUUGCCAAGUCAUCGGCUGGGCUACAUAGGCCACCUCACAAAGAUAUCCAAUAGCUUGCUGAACAGCUGUAACGCACCUCUGCUUGAUAGCAUCUUACUCAAAUUAGAUCAGUCGGAUGUUGAGAGGUGGAAAGAUUUCACGACAACUGCUCUGGCCGAAGUGAACAAGCAGAAUUCUCUAGAUGGCGUAUGUUUAUUGUCGCUAUUAUUGUUGUUGUCGUUGUUGUUGUUGAUUGUUUUGUUAUUGUUAUUGUUGUUGAUUGUUUUGAUGUUGUACGUAGUUGUGGUUGGAAUGAAUUGA